GUCACUGGGAUGGGUCGUGAGAAGGUUGUUUUGUAAACAAGCAAGGCACAGUAUCUUCACGAUUCUUGACGAUGGAGACGUUUUUCAAGAUGAAAAUUGACGUCUAUUUGCCUCUAAUGUUUCUGUCUGUCUUAGCAGUUGCUGCCGAAGACUUGAACCACUGUCCACCUAUAGUCCACAGGCUGAAUCAGUUUGUCAAUUCCCAUGGAGACUACUGCUAUGUAUUUGUCAAUGAAGAGAAGUACUGGACGACAGCUAGAGACUACUGCUGGAAUAAUGGAGGGGAAAUGCUGGAGGUGGAUGAUAAGGCAACCAUGCAGUUUAUCAGGUCAACCUUAAACUCUAGGGAGCUUGGCUGGAGAAACAAUGGAGUCUGGUUGGGAGCUCAUGAUAGGCACAAAGAGGGACAGUGGUUGUGGUCAUCUAAUCGCAGAAUGAGUUAUAACGACUGGGCAAGGGGUCAACCAUCAUCAUUUAUCCCUGGUACUGGCAUCUCAUUUGAGGACUGUGCUUGCAUGAGGAAGAGUGACAACUGGAAAUGGCAUGAUUGUCCUUGUGAGAUGUUGGGAUGGCAGUACAAGUUUAUUUGUCAAUUCCGCAUGAUGACUACGACGACAACAACUAUCACCACCACUACUACAACUACAACUACUACAACUACAACUACUACACCAGUUCCUACAACAACAACAGCUACGCCAGACACUUCUACAGUCCACAGAUCUCUGAUUGUGGAAGUGAAGAGAGUAGUGGGAGACAGAGAGGAUUUUUCACCAACUGUGGUGCAUGGAAUGUUGUCACAUCGUAAAGGAAACGUACAACAAGGAGAACACCUACCCCCAGCUUUUAACAAGGGUUCUGCAAUAGAGUAUCAUAGUGGAGCUUUGGAUCCAAAUGACAGUAACAAAGGCACAGUCAUUGGGAUAUGUGUAGGCAGUAUGUGUUUCUUGCUAUUACUGCUGUGCAUCCUGUUCUUUGUAUAUAGGAGAAGACAAAGAAAGAAGCCAAAUCGUGAAGAUGAACCGCCUCAGUUUGAGAACCUGUCCUAUGCCCAGUUACGCCAGACAGACGCUGAAGGCCGUGAUCCGGGUGCUAUGUGCUUCACAGCCAAUCAGAUGAACUCCCUGUAUGAGGAGGUCAGCAAACCUGUCAAUCACGGAGUCAACUAUUACUCAAACAUAAGUGUUGCCGGAGCCUGCGCAGAUGCAGCAUUGUCCCCAAAAGUCACCAAUAUUGUGGCCGCCAAAGAAAAUAAUGCCACAGUUGAGAAAGCAGUGGACAAACCACUGCAGGUGAAAAUUGUGAGCAAUAAGUUGUAUGAUAUGGAGGACACAGCAGAAGGCGCUACGGCUGCUGAGGUAGACACUGCUGUUUGUGAGAAAGAGGAGGAAGAUCACCACUAUGAAGACUUAAACUAACUAAUCAUUCCCCGCUAUUUAAAGUGUGCAUCUCUUGCUCUACACUUGGUACUUCACAGGAGUUAUUUCCCUUGAAUGACCAAUUUCAAGACUCCUCCAUUUUGAACUGCAAAGAGAAGUGCAGAGAUUUCUUCCAUAGCGUCUGCAGUGUGUUUGUUUGAAGGGUUUCCUGAUGUCCUCUUAAGGAGUUGCUAGUGCCCACCCCACCCCACCCCACCCCACACCCUUUCCAAGUGGAUUGCUUAUCUUUAUGCUAAUACUACAUCAUUUACAUGAUGAAAAUAAGUACAUGUACAAGGGAAUCUCUAUCCGUUAGAUCAUAUCAUACGUAGUUCAGUGGUUCUGCAUGUGUAUAUAUAGAUGCA